AUGACCCAACACACACUCACACAAGACGGACGGAGUGACUCUUCUCAACAUGGUACCGACGAGGAGAAAAAGCUGCCCGACGCCAGCCUGGCUCAAGGCCAGCUCGACACAGAGAAAAUGAGGCAUCAACAGAUCGGUGUAACUCGUAUUGAAGCUCUGUGGAGACAUUUUGGAAACAAUAGGACCGUCCUUUCUUUACUGGGUAUUGCUCUGUUCCUCGUCUGCUGUGUCUUCUCGCUCGACUCCAGUACCACCUACACCUAUGAAACUUUUGGCGCAUCGUAUUACGAAGACCAUGCCAGGUUGCUAGGUGUCAUUUCCACAGUUGAAACAAUCAUCAACGCCGUGUCAAAGCCUUUUAUCGCGAAGCUUGCGGAUGUCACCUCGAGGCAAACUUCCUACUUGUUCCUCCUCGUGCUAUACCUCGUCGGAUAUAUCAUUAUCGCCGCUUCAAACAGUGGCAACGCCUUCGCAGCCGGUCGAGUCAUCUCCACCAUCGGAUCAGCCGGUCUCGACUUGGUCACAGACAUCAUUGUGGCGGACCUGACUCCGCUGGAAUGGAGAGGUUUCUUUGGCGCCUUGACUAGUCUACCCUUUAUCUGGUUCGCGUGGAUCAGUGGGAAUAUAUCCGAGCCUAUUCUGUCCAACAGUCUCAGCGGGUUUAGGUGGGGCUUCGGAAUGUUCUGUAUCAUAGCCCCCGCAUGCGUCCUUCCAGUCGUUGUAUUACUCUACUGGGCUGACCACCGAGCGAAGAAGAAUGGGGAGCUUCGGGUGGCCGAGUCUCCCUUCGAACGAAGAUGGAGAGAAGAACACCCCGGAGAGGCAAAGCCGAAUUCAUUCCAUCAUUUGGUUUUCUGGGCUGGGGAAGUCGAUGCGAUUGGCCUCCUUCUCCUAGGGUUCGCGUGGACUCUUCUUCUCCUUCCCUUCAGCUUAGCACCCAAAGCCAAAGGGAAGUGGACAAAUCACUGGUCCAUAGGAAAUUGGAACAGAUACUCCAACGCCGAGACCGUCGCUUUGACCGUAUUUGCUUUGCUGUGUGGCCUGCUCAUCCGAUGGACCCAUCGAUACAAGGGAUAUCAAAUCGUCGGUCUGGCCGUCCGGAUUGUCGGAAUGGGUCUGGUCGUACUCGCUGGUAGCAGAGAUACCGUCAACAACGCUGUCUUCGCCUUCAUCCCUGUUCUCAUCGGAUUCGGCUCUUGGAUGACUGUCGGAGUGAGAGUAGCCUCCCAAGGCUCAGUACCACAUCAGGAUCUUGGUCAAGUGAUGGCCAACUUGGCCCUUUGGACCCGAAUUGGCGGGGCUAUAGGAAGUGCCAUUGCAAGUUCGACCUGGCAGACUCAUAUGCAAGCGAAUAUGAGGAAAUUUGGGGAGCCUUCUCAAGACAUCUCAUCGUUGUAUGCCAGUAUCAAAACGGCCAAGACCAAAUAUGCUUAUGGAUCACCAGAGAGAAUGGCCGUGGUAAGAGCAUACAACACUACCACUCGACCACUCUACAUUGCGGGUGCAUGCACUUACGGAGUAUCUUUGCUAUGCACCAUACUCAUGCCUAAUUUCUAUAUCGGUAAAACCCACAAUACUGUCGAGAAGACCGACAUAGCCGGACGGGUCGUCGAAGAUGACAAACCGGUGACACACGCCGAGAGAGAGGCGUACAGGAAAGAGACAGAGCAGCUCAAUGGUAAGAGAACGUUGGUACAACGUGUCAAGGGUUUGUUUGUGGGAUCGGAGUAA